AUUAAAUCAUAUUCUGCACUUAUGCUUAGAAGAUACGUAUAUAUAAAAUUCAUUUCAUUAGCAAAGAACAUACUUCAACGAACGAGUUUGAAAGAAACAGAAAUCAUGGCUAAGUUUUUCGCAUUUUUGCUGUGCAUCAUUCUUUGUGCCGAUUUCGUCUGUAAAUUAGCAACAGGAGAUGUUUAUCCUUAUCCAGGCGAUUGCUCAAAAUAUCAGCAUUGUGAUAAUAGUGGUUGUUUUGUCCUAAGUUGUGGCGCAGGGACAGAAUUUAAUCCAAAUAUUGGUACAUGUGAUUAUCCUUUGGCAAAUCGGCAGGACUGUAGUAAUCGAUAUUAAAAUUUUAGAAUA